CAUCUCUCUCUCCCGUUCCAUCCCAAGUUCCCAACCGCAACACCCAGCCGUUUCCGCUCCCCCCACCUCACCCACGCAUCGUCGUCCUCCUCCUUGGCGACACCUUGCCUUCUCCGCCCCGCCCUCUCCUCUCCUCUCUCCCACACAAGAUACACACCGGUGGUCCGGUGGUACCAAUGGCUGUGCAGGCGCGGUUCCUCUCCCACGCCUUCCCCCACGACCUCAACGCCUACAGGUCCAUGGACGCCGCCGCCUCCCAGUCCCAGUUCCUCGACGACCACGCCGGCUGCGCGCCAGCGGUGGCGUGUAUCGGGAAUAGCACGGUGCUCAGCGACCUCCCGCGAAGCGAGCUCACAUGCAACGACAACUACGGUUUCGUGCCCAGGAAGCGGCCGCGCGUGAUGGCUGGAGACGAGCCGGCGGGGCUCGACGACCUCGCCCGCCAGCGCCUCGUUCUGCAGCAGGCGGCGGCGAUGCACGGCCUCGUGCUGCCUUGCGACGCGCAGAGCAGGGCCGUCUGCUCCGGCGCGGCGUCCACCAGCGGGAGGAUGGCCAAUGCCGCCGGCCUCAACACGCUGCUCUACAACCAGGGCGUCGAGAUGGACGCGCUCAUACGGCUCGAGACGGAGAGAAUCCGGUCGGGGCUCGAGGAGUCGCGCCGGCGGCACGCCAGGGCGGUGUUGGCUACCGUGGAGCGCGCCGCGGCGGGGCGGCUGCAUGCCGUAGAGGCCGAGCUGGAGCGCGCGCGCUACCGCAACGGCGAGCUGGAGGAGAGGCUCCGGCAGAUGACCGCAGAGGGGCAGGCGUGGCUCGGCGUCGCCAAGAGCCACGAGGCCGUCGCCGCCGGCCUGCGCGCCACGCUGGACCAGCUGCUGCAGCCCCCUUGCGCCGUCGCCGGUGCUGUCGAGGGCGAUGCCGACGACGCGCAGUCCUGCUGCUUCGAGACCCCAGCGGGUGACAACGCUGACGACGCGGCGGCUCCGUCGUGCAAGGCCUGCGGCCAGCGGGACGCCUGUGUUCUGCUGCUCCCGUGCCGGCACCUGUCCCUGUGCGGUGCGUGCGAGCCCUCCGUGGACACCUGCCCCGUCUGCGCGGCCACCAAGAACGCGUCGCUCCAUGUCCUCCUUUCUUGACCAUCCAACACCAAGCCAUGCGGCAACUUGGGCCGACGGUGGGCGUAGCGUACGUCUCGCGGUCGAGCACGUCGUCGUCGUUGUCGUGUUCUCCAAUAUUUGUUUUUGUUUUUGCUGCAUGUGGGCUUGGGCAGUGUUGCACAAGUGUCACGUGAUCAGGCUAUGCGAGUCCAAAUGCUGGAGUUUGCAUGUAGAUCCUAGACUUUUUUAAAUUAUUUUUAGGUAGAUUGUUCAUGUUCGGAACUAACCUUGUGUUGCUGGUUAAUCUUCGAGUUAAAAGAGGUUUCGUCCUUGGGAAAAAAAUGUUUACUAGACCAGUGUACUCUGCUUUCGCAAGCAACUGAUAAUUGUUACUGCGUAUAAUAUGGCACCAAAACCGUGUUGUAUCCGUGCGAUUGCUCCAUGCGUGUGGAAAGAUGCUGCAUGCUCGCUCGUAAUAUUUUACUGCCACGCUUGCUCC